GUCACCUGACAUCUGUCAUCGUCACCGUCAUGUGUGAAUUGUCAUCGCGGAUCGACGAAUUUUGUAAAUAACAACAUUGAAGCCAGAGAUAGAAAUACAAAAUUGCAGUUAGAAUUCUUUUAAAAUAAGGAUGGAUCUUUCACCGCAAGUGCAAGCUGGAUUGAAACUGUUGACCGAUUUAAACAACAGUUUCAAAACUAUCAACAAAGCAUUCAAUACUAUUAAUAACCCAAGGGAAGAACCCAUUUCUGGAUGCGAUCAUUAUGCGCUUUCAACCGUUCUUGUUUUGGCGUGCAAGCAUAACUACGACGAUCAGCAGCUCCAUCAGUUGUUGGAAAUGUACAUUCCCAACGCGGACGUCGUUGAUAAAAUCGUUUCAAAGUAUUUCAUCUUUAAAAAUGUAUACACCCAAAGGAAUGCACAAUUCGGUAUAGCACUGCCCCAUGUGACCGAUGCCAACUGGACGCUCCGGUCAGAUUUGUCAUCAUCAAGUUAUUCAGUGUCACCAGGAAAUCUCACCUUCAGCAUUGAAUUGGAAUCGUUCAACUACAAAACCAAUCUGAAGGAACCAGCGGUUCGAUUUACUUGCACGCCGGAGGAAUUGCAGUUGCUCAUAAAUAAACUGAAGGAUAUUGAAUUGAAUUGUGAUAAGCACUCCAAGGUCGCUUUGAAAUAGAAUUUAGAACUGAUAUUUAGCUCUAAUAAUAGAUAUAUAUAUAUAUAUA